AUGAAGUUUUCGCAACACGAAAUCAGGAUGCCUGCAAUGCGGAGAGGAUGUCACCUCGUGACCGACAAGAUUCUGAAGGAGAUCGGGAGCUCUCUCGCCGGCUACAAAGUGGGCCUGGCAAACAUCUUUAUCCAGCACACGAGUGCCUCCCUAACAAUCAACGAGAAUGCUGACCCCGAUGUACGGAAGGAUAUGGAGACCUACCUAAACCUUUCCGUACCCGAGGGUGCCAAGGCCCCUUGGAUUCAUACCGAUGAAGGGCCUGACGACAUGCCUGCCCAUGUCAAGAGCUCCCUGCUCGGGGCCUCCCUCACCGUCCCCAUCAGCCAGGGCCGUCUGGCGCUGGGAACAUGGCAGGGCAUCUGGCUGUGUGAGCACCGAGACCAUGCGUCUGGCCGCAACAUCAUCGUAACGCUCCAGGGAGAGUAG